CAGGGGUGAACGCCCAGGGAGCUGCCCCCUGCAGUGAGUGUUGAACACAGGUGGUGGAGGGAGCCUCCUGGGCACCAGCUGCAGCUAAUGGGGAUCAAACCAGCUGUGUACUCUUAGGGUCCACGUCACUUGGUCAUGACUGAGAAUUCUUUUUAUAAACUGCUGGAUUUGGCUUCCUAAUAUUUUUUGAGAAUUUGUGUUUAUGAGAGUUUGGUAGGUAAUUUUUUUGUCAUAUCUUUUUUUUUUUUUUGAGACAGGGUCUCAGUCUGACACCCAGGCUGGAGUGCAGUGGCAUGAGCUCAGCUCACUGCAACCUAUGCCUCCUGUAUUCAAGCAAUACGCCCACCUCAGCCUCCUGAGUAGCUGGGACUAUGUGUGUCCACCGCCACACCCCGCUCAUUCUAUUUUGUGUAGAGACAGCUGGGGCAGCUCCUGGCCUCGCACAGUCCUCCUGCCUCAGUCUCCUGGAGUGUUGGGAUCAUAGGCGUGAGCCACUGUGCUUGGCCCCUUGUAAUAUCCCUGUCAGGUUUUUGGUUUGGGUUUUGCUGGCCUCAUUAAGACAGACUGGAUAGUGUCUGCUCUUCCUCUGUUCACUAAAUAGCUUCUAAGAUCAGUACUGUGCUUCGUAGGCUUUGGUGGAGCUUACCAGGGAACCCAGCUGGGCGUGGCAUUUUCCUCAUGGGAAGGGUUCAAGUUACAUUUCCAGUUGCCUUAUCAGAUGGAAGGCUGCCUGGCUUCCCUUUCAUCAGUUUCAUAAUCCUGUGUUUUUCCUCGAGUUUGUCCGUUUCAUCUCAGUUGCUGAACCUGUUUGCAUGACUUGCUCCUGACGGCCCUUUAUGAUACUUCCGUGUCUGUAGGAUCUAGAGCAACAUCUCCCCCCGUCCCCUGACAAGAUCUGCCCUCCUUGGCGCUGUGCUUCCCCAGAGGGGUGGCCUCGCUCUUCCCAUGGACAUGGCCCAGGAGCCGGUGACCUUCAGGGACGUGGCCAUCUACUUCUCAAGGGAGGAGUGGGCGUGUCUGGAACCCAGCCAGAGGGUCCUCUACCGGGACGUGAUGCUGGACAACUUCAGCAGUAUGGCUGCCCUGGGAUUUUGCAGCCCCAGACCAGACCUCGUCUCUCGCCUGGAACAGUGGGAGGAGCCGUGGGUUGAAGACCGGGAGAGACCUGAGCCCCAGGCAGUGCAGAGGGGCCACUGGCCAGGGGCAAGGAAAUCUGCAGACCCCAAGAGACACUGUGACCAUCCAACUUGGGCUCAUAAGAAAACCCAUGUGAGGCGAGAAAGAGCCAGGGAGGGAAGCAGCUUUCGGAAGAGCUUCGGGCCGGACACGGAUGACGGGCAGCUUCCCAGAGCUGCUCCAGAAAGGACAGACGCCAAGCCCACGGCUUUUGCAUGUCAGAUGCUCACACAGUGUUGUGGGCAGCGGCCGGGCCGCAGAGAGCGCCGGAAGCAGUGUGCAAUGGAGCUGUCGUUCAUCUGCAGCACGUGCGGGAAGGCGCUGAGCUGCCACAGCCGGCUGCUCGCUCACCAGACGGUGCACACGGGGACCAAGGCCUUCAAGUGCCCCGAGUGCGGCCAGACCUUCCGGUGGGCUUCAAACCUGCAGCGUCACCAGAAGAACCACACGCACGAGAAGCCCUUCUGCUGCGAGGCGUGCGGGCAGGCGUUCAGCCUGAAGGACCGCCUGGCCCAGCACCGCAAGAUCCACACCGAACACAGGCCCUACUCGUGCGGCGACUGUGGGAAAGCCUUCAAGCAGAAAUCCAACCUUCUCAGACACCAGCUGGUGCACACCGGGGAGCGGCCGUUCUACUGCGCGGACUGCGGCAAGGCCUUCCGGACCAAGGAGAACCUCAGCCACCAUCAGAGGGUCCACAGCGGGGAGAAGCCCUAUACCUGUGCCGAGUGUGGCAAGUCCUUCCGGUGGCCCAAGGGCUUCAGCAUCCACCGGAGGCUGCACCUGACAAAGCGGUUCUACGAGUGCGGCCACUGCGGGAAAGGAUUCCGCCACCUGGGCUUCUUCACGCGGCAUCAGAGAACUCACAGGCACGGGGAGGUGUAGGGGCCCCCGAAGUGUGGGCUGCUGUACCUCUGCGGGAGUACUGGGCCCUGAGGGAGAGCUGCAGUGAGAAGUUGCUCUUCAGCCUGGAAAAUCAGCCUGAAAAGAAGCCUUCUCAGUCCUCAGAGCUCUCCAGUCCCCCGAGAAGUUUUACUGGGAAAACUGCCAGGUGGAAGAAGCGAAUCCGUGGGUACGCCGGAGAUGGUGGGGGCUCUGGAGAUGGCAGGGGCUGCACCCCGGUGCCGGGCACCCUGGGGAUGUGCUGAGAGCAUGUGCGACCACGGAGCCACAUGCCAGGCCAGGCGCAGAGGUGGAGAAGCCUGCCCGGUGCUCACAGCUGUCUGGCUCAGGGACUCCACCCUGGCCCUGAGUCGCUGUCUGCUGGGCCUUUCCUUCCUGGCUCUGCACUCCAUGCUUGCUGCCUGGUCUGGCUUCCCUUCCUGUCUCUGUCUAGGGCGAGGCAGCUGUGAGCACUGCACAGAGGCAAAGAGCCUCCUACAUCCUCUGCACUGGGCCAUAGAAACAAGAGCCUUUGUAGUACUGAACCUUGUUCAAGGAUUAGGGAGUGGUGCUCAGCUGGUUAGGUCAGGGCCACCCCCAGUGUUGCAGGGAUGGCCUCCACCCAGCUCUGUUGGUCAGAGCCUGGGUCACGCACCUGAAAUUGGCAGAUCGAGUUGGGUCUCAGGGCAGUGAGGUGGCCAUAUUCACCAUAGUGCAUUUCGUGGGGAAGAGGUGACCUCUUGUCUUAUCCAGCCAGAAAUAAAAAUCUGCCAGUGGUGAUCCCAAGGGAAGGCCCCUGUGGAAAUGCAUCGGGACACUGCCGUGCUUCAGGUGAGCUGAAUUGUUGAAGGAUUUUUGCUUUUGCCUGUUUUUCUUUAAGAAUUGCAGCCAGGCCAGGUGCGGUGGCUCACGCCUGAAAUUCCAGCUACUCGGGAGGCUGAGGCAGGACAAUCGCUUGAAUCCAGGAGGUGGAGGUUGUGGUGAGCCAAGGUUGCGCCAUUACACUCCAGCCUGGGGAACAAGACUGAAACUCCGUCUCAAAAAAAAAAAAAGAAUUCCAGCCAACACAUGCACAUGUAGUGCUGGAAUCAGAAAGGAGUUUACAAGAAAUAGGGGGACCAGGAGAAGGUUGAACACACCAAGAGGAAGCCCUGAGCCAGAUCCGGCCGGAGGUGCCACCAGAAGGCAGCCUUUCUGCUGGAAGCCAGGCACGCAGAAAGGCCGGGAGGCUGUGUGUGACCCUGAUAUGAACAAACCAAGUGCAAAGUCACUUUUGAGACAAUCGUGGAAAUGUGGGCAGGGGCUGAGU